GAGCUGUCAUUAUUUUAUUUGCAAAUGUGUGCAUUACUCAUGUACAAUUAUAAGUAAAAAAUCAUGGGUAAUUCUCAUGUUAAACAACAUUUAGAAACUGCAGAGAAAACAGGAACUCUGCAACUCAGCAAAAGUGGUCUAAAAGAGUUUCCAGAACAUCUUCAGAAACUGUCUAAGAUUUUAAGGACACUGGACUUUUCGGAUAACAAAAUAGACUUUGUGCCGUCAGCUAUCGGAACAUUCCAGCAAUUGAAAACUGUCAACUUGAGCAGCAACAGGAUAAAUGCACUACCUUCUGAGAUUGGAAACCUAAAGAAGCUAGAAACCCUGUUGUUAGAAAAUAACAAUCUGUCCCAGCUACCAUCGUCUGUGUCAUAUUUAUCUCAUCUUCGGACUAUUAACCUCUCUGGUAAUGGAUUUAAGACAUUUCCGUUGGAAUUGUGUGAUUUAAAAAGUCUUGAUGGAGUGGACCUUUCACAUAACAAGAUAACAUGCAUUCCUGAUGCUGCAAAAAUCUGUCACACCAUUGAGUUGAACCUCAAUCAAAACCAGAUGUCCAGUCUUCCAGACUGUAUAGCAGACUGGCCGAGGUUGAAAGUUCUACGUCUAGAGGAGAACUGCCUGGAGAUCAGGGCCCUUACCCCUCGAAUCAUGAAGCAGUCCAAGAUCGCUCUACUGGCCGUUGAGGGGAACGUGUUUGAUAUGAAGCUGUUCAACAACCUUGAGGGCUAUGAUGAGUACCAGGCUCGUUUCACAGCUACAAAGAAGAAGUUCAAUUAGUGAUCAUCUGUGCAAGUAUUACAUCUGAAAGUAUGCAGUCCUACAUUGUCUACGGUAGAAUGUUCAAUAUUAAUGUUUUCUCAAUAUUGGUUAUAUUCUGAGCUUAUUCAUUGUCAGUGCUGUGAACUGAUAUAGAUUCUGAUUUUAUUGAAUGCAGUCUUGAUAUAGUUUUAGCCCUCAAAACAUUUUUGUUUGAUGGAGUUUCCAUUAUUUAUAUAAAUUUCUUAUUCCAAGAAAAAAUCAUUUAUUCGAGUUAAUUUUCCUAUGCUCAGCCUUUCUUCUCAACAAUAAUGAAUGUUUGACUUGUUUCAAAUUUUACUUACCAUUUACUGUUUUAGAAUGCCCGUUGGCAUAUAAAAAACCAUACAUUUAAGUAUGCCUGGUACAUUUCAGUUGCAUCAUUCAUUAACACAACUGCUGGAUCAUUUUCCUUAUUAAAACCUGAUUAAAUAAUAGCAUUAUGUAUUAAGCUCACAUGAGAAUGAAGGGCUCACAGUCAGCUAUAAUGGUGUGUGACUGUCUGUUGUCGUCUGAUGUUUGUCAUGUGGUGUCUUACAUCAACAAUUAGCAAACAACAUCUCUUUAAUGGGCAUGCUUUCGAAAAUGGGUCUGAAGAAAUCCCAAGAAGAUAGUUGCUCCUGGGAUUAAAAUUUGCACUGUCCUGGAAAUUAUGUUUCCUUUCUUGUAUGCAUAUAGCAAGUACUGGUACUUGAAAAAUAUUCUUCUCACAACUUAUAAAGCUGAGAGAAUAGAUAUUUAUGUAUUUGGUAUGAAGCAACAUGCAGUGGUCACAGAAAAUGUUUUUUUCAAGAUAUGCCCCCAGGAUUAAAACUGACUACACCCCAGGGGUCACCUGAUUUAUAUAGACUUUAAUUGAAGAUCGAUUUUAAAUAUCUCCUGAAACCUGCUAUAGGCCCAGAGUUUUGGUAUAUGGUGUGUACAUUAUUUAGUGGGCCUCUACCAGAUUUAUUAUUAGCAAUGUGGUCAUAAUUGGUCCAGCCCUGGUGGUAAGGGAACUUGUUUACGUUGGAAAAAAUCUGCCAGCCGUUAUCAUCUGAAUUCAGGUGAGUGGUUAAAGUCCAUGAUUUUCCUCUUGUUUGCUGUUGCAAAAUCUGCAAAUCUGUUGUGCUUUUUUUAUGUCAGAGUAGAGUCAAUUUUUCCUUUAAUGUUUUUCACACUUACACGUAGAAACCUUAACAAUUCUGAAGACAGGAUCACUUCAUAAAUGUGUACACCACAUUUACAUAUUUACAUUAAUAUUUACAUGCUCUGGAGCUGUCACAAGAUUUGAUCAAAAAUUGUUGAACAUAACAGUUAAUUUUUAAAUUUGUAGAAUCACUGCAGAAAAAAACAAAGCAUGCUUGAAUAAUUUCAGUGAAACAAGUUAUUGUGUUAUAUGGCGUCAAUUACUUAUAAAAGAUAUGGUAACUGCAUAGUUUGGUUAGCAACUAGUUUUGAUACAAUGUUAAAAUAAUCAUUGUUUGUACAAUUGCGAUUAAAGCCACACACCUUGCCUCUGACUUUGAAAUGAAAUACAUGUUAAUCAUUUUUUGGCAUAUUUACCCAGGGUACAUGUAAGUAGUGCCGAGUCGACAAUGACCAAUUGGGCAGAACUAAGACAUGCCAAAUGAUUCACAGUCUCUGUAAACAUUCUUAGGCUGAAUUUAAGAUCCUACUCUUAACUGGGAAAUAUCUAGCAAUGUUUUGUUAACUUUUCAUAGACAACCAGUUGAAAUGAUGAAAUAGAUGUAUUAUGUGUUUUGUAAUAUGUGCCAAAUUAUAUUUUGUGUUUUCAACAGAAGUCACCUUAUUUAUACAAAAAUAUUUUAUGAUUUUUAUAGGAGCUAACUUGUUCACAAAAAAUUUCACAACUAAUUGCUGGGAAUAAAUGUAGUGCAUUUAUAUGAGAUAUUUUUUAUAUAAUACAUUUUGUGUAAACCAUAACCUUAUUGUCUAUCAAAACCAUACUCAACCAUUCUGUUCAAAUAAAAUUGUGCAUUUGUUUGACCUGGUAUUUAAAACAUGAAUCAUUUUUAUUUAUUUCAGAAAUCAUUUUUAUAAUCAAGUUGUAAAAUUCAUGUAACCAAAUGUAUAUACCGGUAGUUGUACAAUUCUGCUUCCUCUCCCUCAUAACCCUAACUUCCUCAGAAUUACACAGUUUCUUGAUUGGUUUGUAAAUAGUGUUACUUAUAAGAUAAUGUCAUUUCAAAAUCUAUUUUGUAGUUAUAAUUUUAUGUCAGUCUAUAGACAACUAUUUGUUAAAAAUCUGAAAUCUCUUACAAUGUUCCAAAUGAAUCCAUAAACCUAGCAAAUAGGUUUAGAUUAAUUGUUGUGUUCACCCUUUACCACUCAGAAGCAAAGUGAAAUGGCUAUGUGCAAACAGCAUAAAACCUGCUGCAAGUAACUCACAGUCUGUUAAGGUUUUAUGCUGUUUGCUGCUCAUCACUAUCUAAGGGUUGCAACUGAAACCUUUAAAACUUGGAUCUAGUAAGAAUGGCCUUUAAUAAAAUUUAACUUUCUGAGGAAGUACAAAUGAAAAUACCUAUCUAAGUGGUAAAUGGUUAGCACAGUCAACACAGUUAUAUUUCAGUCUUGUGUGUUUUUAAUGAAGUUUUCAAAUUUUUAUUUUUAAUAUAAUUAAAUUAUAUUUUCACAAUCCAGUCCAUAACUUAGUGUCAGCAUACUAAUAAAUUGCUAUUUUAAGAAAAAGAAAUCGAUGUAAUGCUCAAGAUAUUUAGUUGGAAAUAUCUUGUUUUGUUCACUCAUGUACAAGUUGUUUUGUUCAGAUUGUGUUGUCAGUAAUUUUUACAGUUAAACUAUCAUAAAAUACUUUAACUGAAUGAAUUUGUUUACACUAUAGAUAACUAUUUGUUUGUUUUUUUAUACUGAAAAGUAAUAUAUUUACAUAUUUGUCUAUGCUUAGAUAUUGUAAACUGGAAUUAUGUUUUGUUAUUGUUUAUAUAUACUGUGUACGUAACAAUGAAAUUAUCUCAA